CUUCCGGUUAGGUCGGAUUCACUUCCGGUGCUCGGGCUUGCUGAGCUUGGAGGCUCUGGGCGCGCGCCGUGGUGGCGGCGGGGACCUCGGGGCCCCAUAGGCGGCACAGAGGGACCCAGAAGACAAGCGCAAUGUUCAGCUUUGAGGGAGACUUCCGCACCAAGCCCACGGUGUCCCUUGGUGGGGCAAGCCGGCGGGAGGAGAAAUCAUCGUUGCUGAAUCGAACACUGGAGGAGCGGCGGAAGAGAGAGGAGGAACGCAGGCGACAGAAGAACGCUGUUGUCAUACAGUCCUUUGUGCGUGGAUGCUUGGAACGUGGCAAGCAGCAUGAAAAGCAAAGGCUGGAGUUCGACACGUUGGUGUCGCACGCCCAGAGGGGAGGCGAUGAGACCGUGUUGGGCGAUGCAGCCAAGCUGGUGGCUCUCACACAGAGGCUUCUCUUCUUCUACGACCACCGCUGCGACACCACCAGACUAGUGUGGCUCUGCCAGACCCUUUUGAGACAACAGGUGCUCUACCUGCAGCCUCUUGCUGAGGGACGGGGGCAGCAGUGCCUCUUCCAACUACAGCGACUGCUGAGGCUCUGUUGCAACCUGCUCAUGCACAGCCCAGAUGAGAGUCUAGGUCUCUCAGUACCUCUGCGCAUGCUGGAGGUGUUCACAUCUCCCAACACCUACGUAGCCCUCCACAAGAUCCUGCCAACCUCUGUGUUCUCUGGCCCAAUGACAGACGGCCCAGACCUCGUGGUGGAGCAUAUUAUGUUUUACCUCAUCCAGAAGGGCUACUUCAAGUCACAGCACCACCUGCUGACGCGGCGUCUACCACCUAGUGUGGAACACCCAGCACCCCCAACCCUGCCGCUGGCCACCACCCUCCUGCACAACCUUGUCACUCCCCUCUCCCUGCCGUACAUGUCUCAAGGCCUCUUGGCUCGGCGCCAUGUGCUACGGCUGUUUGUACGAGACGUAUUGUCUCUACCGUACGCCGAGCAGGUGUACGGUUUCCUACUUCCGGCGCUCGCCGACGCUCGCUCCAAGUUCCCCUUCAUGCCGCUGCUGGAGUCCCUGCAGGCUGAGCCAGGCCUUCCCGCUUUCAGUGGAGUUCAUCCUUCGGCGGAUGGACCCCAAGCCACCAAUGCUACACAGAUGGAGAGGCCUUGCAGGCGGGGCUGUGCCACGGAGCCCUCGUCAGAGGAGACAGUGUUGUCUGUGGCAGGCUCCCCUUGGCUGCUGCAUGCUGUGCUGACCUUGGGGCAGAGGCACUUGGGGGGCCUCUCGGAGGUUGGAAUGCUGCUCUACCUGCGCGUGCUGCAGGGAUUACUGCCCUGUUUACCAGCGUCUGUAUCAAUCGGUCGCAGCCCGGCCGAGGGGAGUGACUCGGAGGAGGAGCAAGAUGAUAACAGAGAUGGCAUGGCUGUCACGCAGGGUGAGGGGCAGGUGUCGCUGUACAUGGUACGGGAGGAGUGCCUACGAAUGCUGGACGGGAGGCCACAGACGACCGCUCUGCUGGGUGCCGUGUGGCGUGACUCGGCCAGCGAGGAGGUGCUCACCAUCAUGGCCUCGCUGUGCCAUGCCCUCAUGGUGCAGCAGCGCGUCGUCGUGCCCAAGACAAGACUUCUCUACAGCCUGGCCUUCAACGCUAGGUUCCUGCGCCACCUCUGGAGCCUCAUCACAACCAUGUCAACCACUAUGAUCACAGGGUCGCAGGUGAGCCUGCUGCAGAUGAUCUCACGGGGCUCGCCGCUGCAACCACUCGACUCGGCUCGGAUCGUGCCUGUCUGCUACCUCUUUUGCUCCCUCUUCGGACAUUUCCUCGUCUCUGUGCAUGACAGCGAGUUCUUCGGAGACCGCCCGCCCAGCCCGGGUGGUGGGGUCGACAGAAGCGGCGGUGGCGCUGAUGGAGUUAGCGAUGGUGCUGGAAGCGCGUCUGGUGUGGGCAUGCCCUUCUCGCUCGACGAACUGGUGGCCAUGUCUGCAUGCCUACGCGACGCAUGCCUUGGCAUGAUCCACCUGGCGUACCCCGAGAGCCGGCCCGAGCUGCGUGAGAGCUACGCCGUGGCGCUGCAGAGUGUGGGCAGCAGCAUGCCCGCCGAGCAUCGGCUGCAAGAGCAACGGCAGCGCUACACACAGCUCUUCAAGGUGAUCAGUAAUUUGGUGAAGAUGCUAAAGGCACGCGACACACGCCGGCCGUUCUGUCCCUCCAACCAUUGGCUCUCCCCAGAAGUGUCCAUCCGUGCAGACCGAGUACCCCAGCUGUAUCGGCCAGCAGCACGGCACGUGUGGAGAAACCGUCGGAUGCGUGGAAUCGGUCCCCUCUACUCCUCGCUAGAUGUGGGUGACGAGGGUCCUCCACUCUCGGUGAGCGAGGAGAGGCAGUUGGCCAUCCUCACUGAGCUGCCCUUCGUGGUGCCUUUCCAGGAGCGAGUCAAGAUUUUCCAGCGUCUGAUCUUAUCAGACAAGGAAGAGUCACAGGGUGACAGCCCCUUCUUUGUGGGCAUCAACGUGACUAUUCGGCGGCCCUACAUCUACGAGGACGCUUAUGACAAGCUCUCGCCAGAGAAUGAGCCCGACCUGCGGCGCCGCAUCCGGGUUCACCUCCUGAACGCACAUGGCCUGGACGAGGCUGGUAUCGACGGGGGAGGCAUCUUCCGAGAGUUUCUCAACGAGCUGCUCAAGACAGGAUUCAACCCCCACCAGGGCUUCUUCCGCACCACCAACCAGGGCCUGCUGUACCCCAACCCCGAGGCUCGCCUGCUGGUCGGUGAUGGCUUCACUCGACACUACUACUUCCUGGGACGCAUGCUCGGCAAGGCCCUGUAUGAGAACAUGCUGGUGGAACUGCCAUUUGCCGGCUUCUUCCUAUCCAAGCUGCUGGGCACGACUGGUGAUGUGGACAUCCACCACUUGGCAUCUCUUGACCCGGAGGUCUACCGGAACCUGCUCUUCCUCAAGAGCUACCAGGGCGACGUCGAAGAGCUGGGACUCAACUUCACUGUGGUCAACAACGAGCUUGGCGAGGCACAGGUGGUGGAGCUCAAAGCGGGUGGCAAGGAUAUCCCAGUGACAAGUGCGAACCGCAUCGCGUACAUUCACCUGGUGGCCGACUACCGCCUCAACCGGCAGAUCCGGCAACACUGCCUGGCCUUCCGCCAGGGCCUGGCUACAGUCAUCAACCUCGAGUGGCUGCGGAUGUUCGACGAGCAGGAGUUGCAGGUGCUGCUUUCUGGAGCACAGGUCCCCAUUGACCUACAGGACCUCAAGAACUUCACCAACUACUCUGGCGGAUACACAGCCGAUCACCCCGUCAUCAAAGUGUUCUGGCAUGUAGUCGAGGGAUUUACGGAUGAGCAGAAACGCAAGCUGCUGAAGUUUGUCACCAGCUGCUCCCGCCCGCCUCUUCUUGGCUUUAAGGAGCUGUUCCCUGCAUUUUGCGUUCACAACGGCGGAGCCGACCCUGAGCGCCUGCCCACGGCCAGCACCUGCAUGAAUCUGCUCAAGCUGCCCGAGUUUCUGGAAGAAGAGACGAUGCGCGGGAAGCUCCUUUAUGCCAUCGAGUCGGCCGCUGGCUUCGAGCUCAGCUAACACCCGCCUGUUCCGGCUCGUAGCACAGAUGCUGCCACCACCACCACCAACAGAAGCAACGCUGCACUGGCAGGGCUCAGUAUAGACUGUGAACGUUUAAGGGUGCGUGUGUGGAAGGGAUGCGCAUGUCGGAGGGCACACCAUUGCCACUCUCCCGGUGUAGGUUUACUGCUCGCAGAGACUGCAUUGCUGGACAAUCAUGUGACCAUGUUCUCGCAGAAGGGGCAAGGACAGGAGCUCCUGUGGUCGACCACACAGACUUUACCUUGGUAAUUACCCGCUGUGUGCCUGCAGCAUUGCAUGCCCUUCGAGUUCAGGUGUAUCACCAGUGACAGAAAUGGACACCUUUCAUCUGAAGGUGUGUCCGAAUUUAAUGUUUCCUCUUGAAUUUGUUUUCGAGUGUUUUUGAGAGCUGAUCAGCUUGGUGUCACGUGCUGGGGCGUGACUGCUGCUGUUUGAUGGAGGAGAGACGAGCAGUGUGCCGCAGGGUUUGGGUUUAAUCAGUUUGCAGCCGUUAAGGGAUGCCCCAUUGCUGUGUAAUGCUUUGUGCUCGGCUCAGGUUACUCGAAGCUUACACGCACUUCUUAUUUAUCCCGAGUCCUAUUCACAAGGUCAGACGCUUUCAACAGUGCAGAUGUGUAAAUGUAGUGGGGCUUUAUAGCUGUAAUAAACUUUGCAGAUUGCCGAUUUUCUCAUCACGACAAUAAGACAUAAGAGUGGCCAUGCAUUUAAGAACUUUAGAGCCAGGUUUAGGUGUACACAGACUUCAUUGUACGAGUGAAACAACUAACUUGGCUUUGAGGUAUCCAGUUGACGGCAGAAUAGCAAGGUUACUGACCUACACUUAUGGAUUUUAGAAGCGUCGUCCCCUUGUAUGGUUUUCCCCAGGCACUUUGGUUUCCAUUCAUGCAAAAAUAUUCAAUAAUUGGCAAAACGACUCUAUGCAGACCCUUCCGUAAGAGAUCGUGCAACUCAGCGAGGCUUCAUGACUAGAUGCAUGAUUUAAUCUACAUUCAGAUUAAUAGUUUUUUUUCGUGGAUAUGUGCUCAUAGUAUGAGACCCACUGUUACAAUGGUUGAUUUUGUAACAGUUCUACAAACAGCAAGCCAUGGUAAGAAUUAACUUUUUUUAAAUCCAAAGGCAUUUGAGCAUGCUAUUAUUUCUGCCAAGAUUAUAUAAUUAAGUAGUUAAGUUCUCAUUAAUGUGACUGGUCAGAGUGGCUCACAUAAUGAGUACAGUUGUAUUUGCUAAUGUAACAUCUUUGCUGUGCAGGGUCCACUGGCAACCAGCCCAAAAAGGAAUAGCUUUUGCCCAAUUAAGUUCACAUGUUUUUGCCAGAAAAGCUGUGGUUUUACCAUGUACACAACUACAAUGUAGGUGCUUGGAGUAUGAGUUGAUGUUUUAACUGAAAACAAGCAAUCAAUUCAAGCUUUUGGUUGUCUUCAUUUACUCAUGCGCAUACAGUUUUCACUCCUUUUGCCCCGUAAGUAAAAAUGGUUCCAUAUAUUUGCACCGACUUUCUAUGAAUAUAAUUUUCAGCAUUUCUCACUCAAUUUGCACGAACAUAUGCAUGUAUUGCUUCAGAGCAAUGAAUUUGUGCUGCCUUGAAUUUAUCAUCUGGAGCUGUUAAGAGCACUGAGCACGUUUGUUUGGAAUUUUUCCAAUUGUGGCUCAGGAGGCUUAACAUUCUUAUUGGAUCAUUGCUGAGAUCUUGGUUUCAAAAACAGGUCAUCACCCAUGAUGAACCCACAUUGUCAUAAGUGGAUGGUCUCAGUCCACUUACCAGUAACGGCACAAAAAUGCAUUAUGGUAUAUUGUUUACUUUUUUUUACUUCGGCAAAAAACCUACUCUGAGGUCUAAUAUUUGUUGUUGAUUUCCAUGUGCCAUUCCCUCUGCAGAACAUUUCAGAGUGCACCAUUUUGGCAUACACCCUGCAUAGGGCAACACAAGGGGGCAGAGUAUGUGUAUUAAAGUAUGUAUGUUGAACUUACUUCGCACCGUACGUAACCAACCAUGCUAAUCGGUUGGCCACAUGGACCAAACAUUUUAAAGGAUUCAAAGAAGCAUGGAGAGUUGCAUACUGGAAAUUAUACGCAGAGCAAGAGGAACACAUGCAUCAUAAAUGCAAAAAAAAAAACUUUACUGUUAAGGAAAUUAAGUGACUGAGAAAAGCAUAUGGCUGGAGGGGAUAAUGCCUGAUGGAGUGAUGAGGUCAGGUCAUGCGCAGGUGCAAGAUGGAUUGUGGCAUUGCACAACUGAGAAGAAUGGCAGUUGUGUGAAGUGGCUUUCAUCCGGCUGUGGUAAGACUGGCUUCUCAUGAUGACAUCGUGUGAGGAGGUCCUUUCCCCAACACUCAAAACAACUGUUCACUGCGAGAGUUUAGACUGCAUAUUUAUCAAUCUCUUCAAAACACCACUAUCACAAUUGGAUUAUUGAGAAUAAAAUCCCAAAUGCCAAUUUUUUCCCUGCCUCGCAUUAAAAAAAUAAAUGCAUAUCUGCAGUAGGUCAGGUUUGCUCCAACCAUUGCAAGAAGUAACCCGAUGAGGAUUAUAUUGAUGCAAAUCUAGGAAUUUAUCGCAACUUCAAAAUGUAAGGUUAGGAGUUGAUAUGACGGUCAUGUGUUGAUGGCUGCUUAUCUCGGGUUGACAAACGUACCUCUUGUGCAAGUCAACAAUUUGUGUAAUGUGCAAAUCGCACUACCUGCUCAUGGUAGCCAACGUUAUGAUCAUACCUUAUACCUGUUUGAGGAAGUACAUGAUCGAUUAACCACAGCCUACUUGGCAACUGGUUAAUACAUUUUCAAGGACGAACUAGCUUCCAUGGUACAAAACCUGGCUUUUAAAUACUAAACAAGCGAUGAAAAAAUAUUACAUAUCCAAGGAUUAUGUAAUUCGAUUGAACAUGUCUUUGGCAAUAUAUACUUAUCAAUAUGGAAGCUGACAGUUUUGGGCAACCCUUACAUUUUUUGGUAGUUUUAAAUAGGGCAAGCCCCAAAUAGCAACACAAGUUUACAGCUUCAUCUUUAUGAGAAUUAAUGGUGGCCCCCAAUCCGAUACGCAUCGGCAUACGAGAACGAAUGCAUUAAUGCUUUCAACCUUAGUUUGAAAGUGUUUAAAAUGUAGUAGCCUCAUUCAGGAAAACCUUACAGUUGCAAAUACAGGCUAACGUCAGCCAUUUGCAAAAUAAGUAUUUAGAAAGUAACUGGUAAGAUAUGUAAUCUUGCAUAUUUUUGUUGCUUUGAUUGGUUUAUGGAUUUUAUACUCUUGUCUAGUUUGGGUCAUGAGGCAUUGGUGUAAGCAUCCAAUCAGUGCCAUUGAUGUAAAGAACAUGUUGGCUUUUGCUAGAUCGUUUUGAGCAAACUACGGUCAUCCCCAGCUGAUGACUUUAAUCUUAAUGUUAAAACAAUUUGAUGCUAAUAUGUAUACUAUUUUCAGGACUUUUUUUGCUUAUUUGUACAUUCUAGGGUAAAGUAGUGAGUAAAGUACAACGCAAUUUAGAGCAUUGCUGCAGCAAAUAAAUUAAACCUAAUGUCCAAGCAUGGCGUUACACAGCUGUAAUUUUGCGAUGUGGAGUUGGUGGAUUGUGUUGAACUUAUGCGUGUGAGAUGCCUUGCUGCAGAGACGAAUUUGCUCAGAGGAGAGGUACAGCAAGCGCUGUAUGUUACCCUAUCUGUGAUGUUUGACAUUUCCCAUGUUUGCGUAUGGUUUCCCAGACAUACAAAAAUACUGCCAAACGUUGCAAGCAAGGACCCUCUCAAUGGUUUUGAGAAUUGGACCUUAUGGCGGGACCCCGGGGUCCCAUAAGCCCCCCCGGCUCUCGCAUAAAUUGCGUUGCGACGUCAUUUUAUGUCUGUUGACGGCGAACGACACGGUAAUCUAUUCUUCUCGACGAGCUCUACACGAUGCGCUAAUCAAAGUUCUGUUCUGCUCAUUCGUCCUCGCUGCGUUUGGACGACAUGACAACAGAAUGAUCCGCGCCAGGUGGGUUGCGGCGUUUAUGUGCUCGGUGGGACAGAGUCGCCAAAAAUAAAUGAAUUACGAAUUUGACUUCCGUUUAUUUGGGAUUCCAGGGUCCUGCCAUAAGGUUCAAUUGGCCAGACGUUUCUAGAUAAACUGGACUAUACUAUCACAGUAGCAGAUAUCGGUGAGAAUGCUUUUCAGUGUAGAGUUUGAAUAAUUGAGCACAUCCAACCAAAGCUUCAGAUCUGUUAAUGUGUAUUAGUUAUUUGUCUCGCACAGACAGAAUGGAUGGAUGCUGCUUGUUUGCCUAUGUUUGACGUUAACUUAUGCAAUACCAAUCUUGCACUCUUUUUGGGAGUUUUAUUCGUACAGACCUUUUCCUUCCUGUAUGGCCCUUCUGAAAGCCACAGUAAACAACACUGUAAACGUGAGUGACAUGCAAAUGUAAUUCACCUGUCUUUGUAACAUGGCCCUAACCAGCUUCAAGACCCUUCUUAACAUGGAUAUAAUUUGUGUAUUGAAUCAGUUUGCACUAUUCCUUUCAAUUACUUUAAUGCAGUCUCGUUUGUGACAAAAUCAAUGGAAUUCAUGCACCGUUGCCGUUGGGCCAAGACGGAAGUCAGUCCUAAUGAGGGACACGGUACAGGAGCAUAUUGUGGCUGAAACAUAAUUUUCAUGAUUUUGUGUUGCACCUUCUGCCUCUUGCUGUUGAGGCUUUGCCUGUCCAAUUUGUAUCCCUUCCAUUAGAUUUGUUGACCUAUUCCAAGGCGGACCACGUGAUGGCUUUAGGUGUGGCAUCUCCCCGGGCGCGUUAGUCGUGAGUGCUGGGUUUUGUGUGAGUGAUGUGACAUGUUUGUUCGUUUUAACUGUGCCCGUUUGAUUUGUUGGCUCUUGGCUACACAUCUUGGCUUAAGCUAACCAGUGCUUUUGUUUGUAAAUUAAAAUUUUUUGGUCAAGAUUAUUAAAAUGUUUUUGGCGUUA